GAGAGUCUUGAUUCCCUGUCAAGUCACUGCCGUCGUUGCUGUUGAAGUUGUCCUCGAUGUGCCGUUUGUAUUUGGCCUGUUUGAUGUUAAAUGUUUGUGGAAUGCUGCGAGGGGACUGUCCGGAUCAUGACGCCUGUUUCAUAAAAAGUCGAGCAAUAUAAAAAGAAGUACAAGAAGAUCUUCAUCCAGAUUCAGAGGUGGAAUUUUGGCCCCACUACCUCCCUGGACACAGAUAUCUCUGGCUCAAAGCUCUGCCGGCGACAGUUUGCUUCUUGCAUUGCACGUACCAGUGACCCCCCCCCAACCCUGUUGACAACUUCGCUAUACAAUCAAUGAAAACUGACUGAUUGUCCCCAACAUGCUCCUCCUCCUCGUGGUCACGGCCGCCGUCAGCCUGCUGCCAGGUGCAACAUCUCAAUCUGAACAAUUUUUCGCUUUGACCGAAUGUCCCAUUAACUACUAUGGAGAGAGUUACACCGAAGCAUAUGGUUUCAUUAAAGAGGAAGUAUUUACAUUGGUCUUUGGCAAUGUGACUGGCUCUGACUUCAUGACUUUCAUCUUUGAAGACCUGGUGGAAGUCGUUGCUUUUGCGCCAACCUUUAUUGUGGCUGAUGAAACUUCUGAAUUUGUCAAAAAUCUGCCAGACCUUGUUGGGACAUCACCAUGCUUUUAUGGUAUCGGCUUACUUUCUUCUUUGAAGACGAUCCUUUUCCAUUUCCGCACAUUUGGAGCUCAAGGAGUAUACCUCGUCACCUCGCUUGUGCCAGUGACCGUCACUACAACCGUGAGAGGACAGCUGGUGAACACUGCAGAGUUGUCAAAUAGUGAAACAUAUGCCUACCUGAGCGGCUGCAGACACGAGGGUCAAUUCUAUCCGCCCGGCACAGAGACAUGUGCCUCAGAAACUCUCUUUGUGACUUGUAAUUCAACAGCUUUCCUCACCGUUUCUGAAGAGGACCCAAGGUGCCUGAGGAAGUCCGUGUGCACCAUCACUGUGAUGUGGAGCCCCAUUGACAACCCAUCUAACGAUGUCUAAUGAGGGCGUCCUCUUAUCUUCUUUGGCCAUCUUGAUUGGUGUGCUUCAUAAUGGUGUCACAUACAGUACAAAAUUGUACAUGUCUAAGUAGUGUCAAUGCAAUGUACUUUGAAGUUAUACUCAAGUAUCAUCAU